AACCAUUCCAUGUAUGGAAGAGGAGAACAAGAUAAAUGGCCUCUGACAAAGAAAAUGGAGGAUUUGCUUUUGAAAUGUGAUGUCCACACCGACGAGAAACUGAAAAUGUUUUGUCAGGUCCACAGUCAGCUGUGCUGCUCUGAUUGUGUUCUACUGAACCACAGACAGUGCACCAAUGUGGCUCUAAUUUCUGAGUCAGCUAAAAAGGCAUUAUUGGAUAUGAAACAGUUGUCAAUUAAUCUUCAAUCUAUUCUUGAUCAACUUAAUAUGUUUAAGAGUACACAAGAGACCAGCAUUCAGUUCGUGGAGGUAUCAUAUACUGUAAAACUGCAAGAAAUCCGAGACAUGCGUAGCCAAUUAAAUGCUACUUUGGAUGAGCUCGAAAAUACAACAAUGAAAGAGCUUGAUGAAAUUAGGACCACAUUGCAAAAAUCUCUUAAGAAUGACGUUGACAAAUGCAGCAGACUGAAGGAUGAACUACAACAACAUGUUGAAGCUGUACAGAGCCUGUGUGGAAAGAGCAAGAAAGAAAUUGAGUUCAUAGCCAGCAGGAAAUGUCUGGAAAAAAUACAACAGUCUGAGACAUAUCUGAAGAAGAACCCUUUGAAGGACCAGACUUUCAUGAUAUUCCAUGCAGACAUUGACAUCGAGCAGUACCUGUCAAAAAAGUCAGGUUUGGGGAGGAUUGUAGUAAUGAAUUCAAACCAGGUGUUGACGGUGAAGAGGAAGUCCGAGUAUACUGUGAAAAUAUCGAGUGACACAAAGCCUUGCAGCCUAUCAGGCAUUUGCAUCCUGCCUAGUGGCCAUGUCAUUGUUGUUGAUAGAAAUAAUGAAAAAGUUAAGCUGAUUGACCAGCAGUACAAUAUAGUCAACCACAGUAAGGUGUCAGGUUUUCUAUCAGACAUUUGCCUCAUAACACCCAGUGAAGUGGCUGUGACUGUUGGCAAUGAUGUGCAGUUCAUCUCUGUGAUAAAUGGGCAGCUGAUUACUGGGAGGAGGUUUCAGUUACCGCAUGAUGUUGUCGGUAUUGCCCACCAUCAUGGAGCAUUGUACGUCAUCUCUCGCACUGCCCUGUACCACUACACUCUGACUGGGACACUUGUGAAAAAAUUGUAUGAGGAUACAGGAGAUGGUAGUAGAGUGUUAAACUGUGCAGUGAGUCCUGCUGGGGACAGGAUCUAUGUCACCAACUUAAACGACCAGAAGCUCCUCACACUGGCCAUGGACGGCACCCUGAUAUCCACAUUUACUGACCCUAAACUGCAAUGUCCAUGGGGUGUUCAUGUUACACAGGCAGGACAGGUGUUUGUCUGUGGACACACCUCCCAUACUGUCAUACAGGUGGAUCAUGAGGGCAAAAAGAAGUUGGCAGAGAUAGAUGGAGUGAAAUACCCAAUAUCUGUUUGGGUGAACACAAAUAUUGAACAGAUCAUUGUGGGAACCGACGAAAUAGUUGUUCUGGAACUCCAAUAG